AUUUGUAAGCGAGUUGGAGGUUGCUGUGGGAAGGAGAGAUCGGAGGUUGGAUCUUUACCCGGCAGUCUAUCGGGGAACAUUGCAUGUUAUUUAAUAUACUAGCGCCUGGCUGCACUGGUUGACACGGAUACGAGCAGUGCCCGUCCAGCGGUGCGAUGGAGGACGGGAAGCCGGUGUGGGCGCCACACCCAGCGGACGGGUUCCAGCUGGGGACCAUAGUGGACAUCGGAGCCGACAGCUUGACCAUUGAACCACUGAAACAGGGCCAGAAGAGCUUUACGGCCCAGAUCAACCAAGUGUUCCCGGCUGAGGAUGACGUCAACAAACAUGUGGAAGACAACUGUUCUUUGAUGUACUUGAAUGAAGCCACACUGUUGAACAACAUCCGUGUGCGUUAUAGUAAAGACAAAAUCUACACGUUUGUAGCCAAUAUCCUGAUAGCAGUGAACCCGUACUAUGACAUCCCAAAGCUGUACGCUCCAGAGACCAUUAAACAGUACCGUGGGAAGUCCCUGGGUACCCUCCCGCCUCAUGUCUACGCCAUCGCUGACAAGGCCUACAGGGACAUGAGGGUCCUGAAGAUGAGCCAGUCCAUCAUCGUGUCUGGAGAGUCUGGAGCUGGAAAGACCGAAAACACCAAGUUUGUCCUCCGAUACUUGACAUCGUCUUAUGGAACAGGUCAAGAUAUCGAUGAGAGAAUAGUCGAAGCAAAUCCCCUGUUAGAGGCUUUUGGGAAUGCUAAAACGGUCAGGAAUAAUAACAGCAGUCGCUUUGGAAAGUUUGUGGAGAUUCACUUCAACGAAAAGAAUGCCGUGGUUGGAGGCUUCGUGUCCCACUAUCUUCUGGAGAAGUCCAGGAUCUGCCAGCAAAGCCAGGAAGAGAGGAACUAUCACAUCUUCUACCGGCUGUGUGCCGGGGCGUCUGAGGACAUCAGGACCAAGCUGCACCUGGGCUCCCCAGACGCCUUCAGGUAUUUAAACAGAGGAUGCACCCGCUUCUUUGCAAACAAGGAAACGGACAAACAGAUCCUUCAGAACCGCAAGAGCCCGGAGUACCUGAAGGCCGGGCCCCUUAAGGACCCUCUGUUGGAUGACCAGGGCGACUUCAACAGGAUGUGCGGGGCCAUGAAGAAGAUCGGCCUGGACGACACGGAGAAGCUGGACCUGUUUCGGGUGGUGGCCGGGGUGCUGCAUCUGGGAAACAUUGACUUCGAGGAGGCAGGGAGCACCUCAGUUUCCACCUCAGGCGGAUGCACCAUCAGGAACCAGUCGAGCCAGACGGUGGACUACUGUGCUGACCUGCUUGGUCUGGAAGAGCAGGAUCUGAGGAUCAGCCUCACAUCCAGGGUCAUGCUUACCACAGCAGGGGGCGCCAAAGGAACAGUUAUCAAAGUGCCACUGAAAGUGGAGCAGGCGAACAAUGCGCGGGACGCCCUAGCCAAGGCCGUGUACAGCCGGCUGUUUGACCACGUGGUCACCAGGGUCAACCAGUGCUUCCCGUUUGACUCCUCGGCCAACUUCAUUGGGGUCCUGGACAUCGCUGGCUUCGAGUACUUUGAGCACAACAGCUUUGAACAGUUCUGCAUCAACUACUGUAACGAGAAGCUCCAACAGUUCUUCAAUGAACGCAUCCUGAAAGAGGAACAAGAGCUGUAUCAGAAGGAAGGUCUUGGGGUGAAUGAGGUCCAUUAUGUCGACAAUCAGGACUGUAUAGACCUUGUGGAGGCAAAGCUGGUGGGCAUUCUAGACAUCCUGGAUGAGGAGAACCGUCUGCCUCAGCCGAGCGACCAGCACUUCACAGAGACCGUGCACAACAAGCAUAGGAACCACUUCCGCCUGACAGUGCCCAGGAAAUCCAAGCUGCAGGUCCACAGGAACGUGAGGGAUGACGAGGGAUUCAUUGUCCGACACUUUGCAGGAGCUGUGUGCUAUGAGACGACCAAGUUUGUGGAGAAGAACAACGACGCACUGCACAUGUCUUUGGAGUGCCUGGUGAGUGAGUCUAAGGACCGAUUUAUCCGGGAGCUAUUUGAGAACUCCAACAACACAAAGGACUCGAAACAGAAGGCCGGCAAGCUCAGCUUUAUCAGUGUUGGCAACAAAUUCAAGACCCAGCUGAACAUUCUACUGGAGAAGCUUCGAAGCACGGGAUCCAGUUUCAUCCGCUGCAUCAAGCCCAAUCUGAAGAUGGUCAGCCAUCAGUUUGAAGGAGCUCAGAUACUCUCUCAGCUGCAGUGUUCAGGGAUGGUGUCUGUGCUGGACCUGAUGCAGGGAGGCUUUCCCUCGAGAGCCCCCUUCCACGAGCUCUACAACAUGUACAAACAGUACAUGCCUGCCAAGCUGACCCGUCUGGACCCGAGGCUGUUCUGCAAGGCCCUGUUCAAAGCUCUGGGUCUGAACGAGAACGACUACAAGUUUGGGCUGACCAGAGUGUUCUUCAGACCUGGGAAGUUUAAAGAGUUUGACCAGAUCAUGAAGUCUGACCCGGACCACCUGGCAGAGCUGGUCAAGAAGGUCAACCAGUGGCUCGUCUGCAGCCGAUGGAAGAAGGUGCAGUGGUGUUCCCUCUCCGUCAUCAAACUGAGGAAUAAGAUGCUGUACCGUGCCAGUGCCUGUAUCAAGAUGCAGAAGACAGUGCGGAUGUGGCUGUGCAGGAAGAAGCAUAAGCCACGGAUCGAUGGACUGGUGAAGGUGCGUAGCCUGAAGAACCGGAUUGACAAGUUCAAUGAGGUGAUCGCUGGCCUGAAGGAGGGAAAGACUGAGAUGAUCAAACAGAUCCAGGAGCUGGAAGCUAAUAUAAACGACACCAUGUUCAGAAUUAAGUCCACGGUGAUGACCCGCAUGGACAUCGACCACGAGUACCGCGUCCUGGUGACCCGGUCGGAGCAGCUGCUGACGGCCAUGCAGAACAAGAAGAAGGAGGAGGAGGAGAAGGAGCGGUUGAAGAAGAUCCAGGAGGAGAUGGAGAGGGAGAAAAAGAGGAGGGAGCAGGAGGAGCAACGCCGUAAGCAGGACGAGGAGGACCGGCGUCUGAAAGCAGAAAUGGAGCAGAAGAGGAAACACGAGGAAGAGGAGCGGAAGAAGAGGGAGGAAGAGGAGAGAAAACUUCAGGCGGAGAUGGAGGUUCAGUUGGAGGCUGAGCGGGAGGAGGAGGCGGCGCGUCAAAACAUCUUGGAGCAGGAGCGACGUGACCGGGAGCUGGCCAUGAGGAUUGCCCAAAGCGAGUCCGAACUCAUCCCGGAGGAGAGCCAGAAUGAUGCAGGCCUACGCAGUAACGGUACCUCAGGUGUUCCAUCAUCCCCAGAGAGAGCUAUUGGAGCUGGAGGAUCUCAAAAGCUCAAGAGCAUGUCCAUGGAGGAAAUGGCCAAGGAAAUGUCUGAGCUCCUGUCUAGAGGGCCGCAGGUGCUGGCCACCAAAGCCGCCGCCGCUGGAACCAAGAAGUACGAGCUCAGCAAGUGGAAGUACGCCGAGCUGAGGGACGCCAUCAACACGUCCUGCGACAUUGAAUUGCUGGCCGCCUGCCGGGAGGAAUUCCACCGCCGGCUGAAGGUCUAUCACGCCUGGAAGUCAAAGAACAAAAAGCGUGGCAACGACACCAGCAACCCUGAGCAGAGGGCCCCGAAAUCAGUCACUGACUACGAUGUCACACCUCUUGUGAAACAGAAACCCCAGGCGAACCCGGCCCCGCCCAUCCCGGCCAGGCAGCACGAGGUGGCCAUGAACAGGCAGCAGCGCUACUUCCGCAUCCCGUUCAUCCGGCCAGGGGACCAGUACAAGGACCCCCAGAAUAAGAAGAAGGGCUGGUGGUACGCCCACUUCGACGGGCCCUGGAUCGCCAGGCAGAUGGAGCUGCACCCCGAUAAGCAGCCCAUCCUGCUGGUGGCGGGGAAAGACGACAUGGAGAUGUGCGAGUUGAGCCUGGAGGAGACGGGCCUCACCAGGAAGAGGGGAGCCGAGAUCCUGCCCCGGCAGUUCGAGGAGAUCUGGGAGCGCUGCGGGGGCGUCCAAUACCUCCGAAGCGCCAUCGAGAGCCGACAGGCGCGCCCCACCUAUGCCACAGCCAUGCUGCAGAGCCUGCUCAAGUAAAGAGCGGCGGGUGAAUUUGCCCUCCCCCCCCCCCCCCCCCUCAGUGUCACUGGACCUGCCUCAGUUUAGAAUGUCCCUCACUUUGAUUAUGGUUAGGAUUGGGGGUGGGGGGGCAGAAGCUCAUCUUUCAUCUGUACUUAGGGAGAUUUGCCCCAAAGGCUGAAGCCCCUGUCCCAAACCACUGGCCUCUCACUACAGCAAAGGGAAGAAUGCACUUAACCACGGCACCUAACAGUUGGCAUUCAAACUGUCAAGUGAUUAGGUGCGUGUCAUAAGAGAAUAGGUUUUUGUCAGUUGUCUUUUUUUUUUUUUCAUGUUUCUGGUCUUGCCGGCUUUCAGUUGUCUUGAUUAUUAUUUCUAGGUGUGUGUGUGUGUGGGGGGGGGGGGAUUUGCAGUGAACCUAUGCAGUGGAAUCUGAGUAAUUAUUACAUCUAGUUCUGUUCUCGAGCAAGUAUAUUUUUUCUUUAGUAUUCCUGCUACUUUAACUGAGGCCUUAUAAAGAACACUGCUACAAAAGGGUCCAUUUCUCAAAGUAGGGACUGUUUCUACCCUCCGUCUCCAAAUAAUAUUUUUGAGUAUCAAAUCUUAGGUUUAUCUUUUUUAGUGAUUUGAACUGAAGUAAAAUCCUUUUGUCCUUCUGCAACCUUAACUGCUUGCUGAUAAUUUCACUCAAAUCCAUACUUGCUGUUUACAUUGUUUUCAUUAGUUAAUUUCAGGAAAUGAAAUUGCACAAAAUAGUUGUUGGAUCUAGAGGGUGGAAACGGGAAGUGGAUUCUGGAACUUUCCACUGCUGAUUGGAUAUUUCUGUUAUCACGAGACAGUAAUUAAAGUUGGGUUCUGCCUGAAGGAAUGUUUUCAGUAACUGCGCAUCAAUUCACAUUCAUUUCAAUAUAUAAUAUUUCAUAAUACUGUAAUGAUUUUUUUACCUCUGACUUUCAGACCGAAUGUAAUUUGAGUUUGUUGAUUUAUUCCUUCAGUCCUUAGUUUGUUUAUUUUGUCUUAUUUUUCAUGUGUGUGUUAAUGGAAAAAAAAGACAGGUAAAUUUCAUUUUCCCAUUCCCAAACCAUUCAUUCCUAAAGCCGUGUUGAAAUUAAAAUGGAUUGUUGGAUGUUGUCGACACUAGGCUAUGAUAUUCCAAAUAUUGUCUUAAAAAUGAACAAUAAUGUGUUAAUCAAACUUAAUUAUGGUGUGAAGAGAUUAUACAUUACCAGAGGGGAACAAUACAACUCUUGAGAUACUCAAUCUUCCAACAGCAUUCUAGUCUUAUGUCAGACAAAGCGUGUAUGGGAGUGAAAUAGUGAAAUCAUGCAGAAUGAUUUGGGCUCAAAAAGACAUCAAACUCCUAUACAGUAACAUUACAGUCUGGUAAUAUUACCUCUCCUAGAAGUCAUCUCAUAUUUCCAUAGACACUGAAUACAUACAGAAUAUUUUAUAAUUGUGUAAUACAAAGAGAGUAAUGUUUCUACUGGAAUGUACACAUUUAUUUUCAAAAGAAAUCUUUCUACUAUCGUUGGAUUUGGGCACAUGACUCAAUGUCUUUUUCUUCAGGGGGAAAACCAGCUCUUGUCUACUGUUAAAUAAAGCAAUAAUUUACCCAUACAAAGCUACAUGGAGGAGGACAGCCUUUGUCACUGUACAGUACUGUGUUAUAGAGACAAUCUCUUAUGAGACUGGAAGUACCCUGUUCAGGUAAGGCUGUUAGUCUUUAGUUUUGUUCUCAUUCCCUCUGAUGCGCUGCAUAUGCGAAAAGCGUUGUCAUGGUUGUUUGAAUGGAUUAAAUCUAUCCAAUCAUGCGCUUGUAUCUGAGGCAUGUUUUCUUCUGUUUAGACCUUAGUAUUUAUUAAUAAUUUGAACACCAGUGUGUACUACUGUACUGUGGGUUCUCCUGGAAUAUACUGUACCUCGUAAUGUUCAACAAAUGUCUGACUGGCGUCUAAGCUCUGUAUCUCAACACGCGUAACAAUCAUUCCUCAGAUACUGCCUUUUCACUGUCACUUUUCUAACGCUGUUCUAUAAUUGAUUAAAUAAAUGCAUUCCAUGUUUCGCUCUA